AUGGAGACCACUACUGUUGUUCCAACGACGGCACUCGCCACCACCAUCAUCGUCGCUUCCGCUGCCAAGGAAGAAGGUGUCGUUGACGCAACUCCAUCUUUAUCACGCGUAGAAUUGACAGCCGCCCCCGACGUCAAACCGGCUAUGAAGGAGCUAGCCCUAGCUCCGAAACCAUCGCCUACAUCACCACCGGUCAUCACCGUCCCAACCGUACCAUCAAUCGUACCACCAUCGGAAGAGCUGCCGCCAUAG